AUGAAUAAUUUAAGUAAUGGUGCCAAAAUGGUUUCAAGAGGUCUGAUGGAUAGCUUAAAGGUUGAAAUCUGUUUGCAAGAUGAGCAAGGAAGGAAGUGUAAAAUAGAUGUUCUAUCAAAUGGCCAUGAAUUCUUCAGCGUGUGGAACUGUUCGGGUUAUUAUCUUGUUCAUAUCCAAUCAUGCGUUGAUAGAUGGAAAAACGGCUUUACAAUUGCCUUUUAUUCAAGGCAAACCUUAGAAGUUCAGAGUGGUAAUUUAGGUGAAGAGGAGUUUCAUAAUUCGAAAAGUGGUGUUUACAUUCUGUGCUUUUGCAAUUGUGUGUGUGUUGAGCUACCGCUUCGGUACAACUUUGAACAGCAAUUUAUGGUAGAAGUAGCUAAAAUAUGGAAAAAGAAGAAAUACUUUAUCCCACCAUUAGUUAUUUACUGUCUUCAAGACUUGGGUACGAAAAGAUUUGUUAGGAUGGAUGCACCACACAAAGAGCAGUGUGCCUCGAUUCGUUUUAGCAUGACAUUGUAUUUGUGGAACAAAAGAUGCCUGGUUUUGUGCGAUUCUUACGGAUCUCAUCGACUUUAG